AUGGGGUUUCUACAAACAUUCCUCCCGGCAAAUGAUCGCUAUGCCGCACUCCUACUCUACGGAAUGGUCUUUUCAACUUGCUUUAAUGGUUAUGAUGCGGGUAUCAUGACGGUUAUUUUGGCAGAUCCACAGUUUACGAAAUAUUAUGCGGUGGAUGCUACGAGACAGGGGGUUAUUGCUACGAUUCCUUGGGCUACUACUGGGUUUGCUCAAUUAUGUAUUGGAGGUCCAUUAGCAAGUUGGGUUGGUAGACUUUGGGCAUUGAGAAUUUCAAUCAGUAUUAUGAUUAUCGGGAUUAUCAUCCAAGUCGUCCCCAACACCUACAGCGUCCUAAUUCUCGGUCGUCUAAUAACCGGCCUCGGCUUCGGCUGCGUCUACAUAGCCACCAAUCUCUACGUCGCCGAAUGUGCGCCUCGCAGCCUGCGCGGAUCCUUCGUAGGAACCGUCUCGCAAUUCGGCUAUCAACUCGGAACCUUCAUAGCCUUCUGGACCGGCUACGGAAUGUCCUUCCACAUCACCCCCUUCAACAUCGCGUGGCGCGUCUCCAACGUCAUCCAGGUACCCAUCGGCGUCAUGUUCCUCAUCCUCUCCUUCUGGUACCCGGAAUCUCCCCGCUGGCUCUUGGAGAAAUAUCCCGAGACCCCCGAACUUUCCCUCUCGAUCCUCGCUAAAUUACGAUCUGGCAUCGUUACAGACGACCACGUGCGUCUUGAAUUUCACGAACUCGUUUCCUCGCACGAAUACCGCAAGAAUUUCAAAACAGGCUACGUGGGUCUCCUAUCCUCGGCCGGUAUGCGUAAACGUCUCGCGUACGGUAUCUAUGUCAUGGCACUGCAGCAAUUUGGUGGGAUAGCCGCACUCACCAUGUACGCGGCCAUUAUCUACAAAUCGCUAGGCUGGGACGCAGGUCAUCAGGCGCUAGCUAUUAAUGGCAUACAGGCAGCGUUACAACUAGUGAUUGUGCUUGUGAAUACCUUUACGGUGGAUAGAUUUGGGAGGAAAAGUUUAUUGAUAGCGGGGUUUGGCAUUCAGAGUUUCGCGUUGUUGGUGCUAAGUAGUUUGACGACGAAGUAUCCGGAUAAUACAAAUCAGAGGGCGGCGGUGGCGGAGGUGACGAUGUUGUUUAUUGUGGGUUUGACUUAG